GAUCCUUAGAUCGGGGUUGGGGUCGGGUUCGGGGUCGGAGUCAAGUUCCCUGCCUGCGACGUGCGCCGUAAUCGUUGCGCCGUGUAACCUUCUGUCAGCCGUCGUCGGCAGAGAGCGAGUACUCGCUGAUCAGAGGAAAGAUGGCUACGAACUUGGGGGUAGAGUGUCAGUACUUCUUCGAGGAUGUCGUCUACCGUGUGGACAAGAAAGGUAACGUUGUGUUCGGUAUCGUCAUGGAGAACGACGACGAGGAUUUGUCCGAGGAAAGUUCUGACAGCGAAGAAAGCCCGAAAAGAAAAAAGGGCGAGAUUCGCGUGGUCUGGCAUCCCUCCGGUGUCGAGGAGUUGGUCAACGCGAAGAAGGUUCACUUGGCAGACAGAACACUUAUGCCAGGUGAUGUUGUACGUCGAAUGAUUAAGGGAAAGGACACACAAAGAGGAUAUUGCAGAGAUAUCGAAUUAACUGCUUGUGUUCAAGUGAUUGGUACUAAACAGGUCCUUACGAAUAUUAGAAGUGAAGAUUUAGUUCCUUUGGAAGAAUUUGCAACCGAUAUAGCUGUUUGUAUGGAUUCAUGGGUGGGUGGGAUAAAAAUGGCUCACUACAAAUUAUGGCUUGCUACACCUGAUGGAUCACGUUGUGUUAUAAAUAAAAUGGAUUCUUGUGUCCUAGGACAAUUGGAAGAGAAACGAGAUAAUGAUAAUGACUUUCCUCACUCUUCUGAAUUUUAUCCUGGUCAAAGUUUGUGGGGACCAGUUCACUGCCUAGAAGAUGCACAGUGGAUUACUUGUACAAAAGAAAUGAAAACAAAAAGGAAAACCAAACCUCAAAAAAUAACAAAAGUGAUUGUAGAAAAGGUAGAAACGGAUUGGGUAGGAGUGCAUUGGCAGUGCAGGGCUUAUUCGAAGGAUGGUGCAUGGUCGGAUCAAGCUCAACCAAAAUUCGUAGUUGAAGGCGAAAAUUUAAAAAAACUGAAAUUAUUAAAUGUUUUUGAACCUUCUACUGUGCAAGUCGGAGAUCGAAAUUUCUAUGUAAUUAAAGAUAAUGAAAAUGUCAUUACACGAGAACAAUGGAGAAAACAGCAAAGAGACGUUUUUCAAGUUCCUAAACACAGCCCAAAGAAAACACGUCCAAAUAUCAGUGUUACAAAACCACCAGAAGAUAAGAAAAAGGAGGACAAGGAUAAAAUUAAUGAACAACAGGCAUUAGAAGACAAUGCUCAAAAUAAUAUUAACAAUUUACAAAAUGUGACAAGUAAUAAUACUCUAAUGCCUCCAGCACAAAACCAAAAUACUGAAAGCUCAGAUGAUUGGGAUACAGAAGAUACAGGUUCACAAAGUGACAGUGCUUCGGUAUCCAGUGGGUGUUCAAGUAUGUCAUCUAUGGGUAAAAAAAAGAAGGGUCCCGCUUUGAUGACUAAAGUACUGAAGAAAAAAAAACUGUGUAAAGCAAAGAAGAAAGUGCCACCUAUUCCACUUAUUCCAGGAACUAAAAUUGUCGUGGAAACAUUAUCUACGAAUACAAAAGCUAAUGUCGUUUGGCAAGAUGGUUCGGUAGAAUUUGGCAUUCCAUCAACACAGCUUUACCCGAUUCAUCAUUUAGACGACAAAGAAUUCUUUCCAGGUGAUUUUGUAGUAGAUCAAAAAGAAGAAUCUAGGAUGUAUGGUGUGGUUCAAAGUGUCGAUCAUCAAGGUAGAACAGCUAAAAUAAAAUGGUUUAAAACGUAUACUUCUAGUCAGAGUCCACAGCCAACUUUAUUAGAAGAACGUGAAGUCAGCGUAUACGAUCUGAAGGAUCAUCCAGAUUUUCAAUACAGACCAGGUACAUUAGUGAUUCGAAUAGCUAAUUUUGAAGGAGAAGAUGCUGGAUGCACUGCUGGUCAAGUGCUAGAUAAUUAUCCAGAAGGACGCGUUAAAGUGUGGUGGGUUGAUGGACAUGUAAGUAUGUGUUGGCCUCAAGAUUUAUAUAAAGUAGGUGAAUAUGAAAGCGACGAAGGAGAACUGUGGGAUGACGUUUCGUCCGACGCGUCGUGGGAAACAGAAUUAGAAGACUGUUUUAUCGCCGACACAGACGGAACAGAACAAACGGAGUUGGAAAAUAUAAAGCCAAAAUUAGCUGCUCACAUUGAAAAAGCUCGUAUCGCGAUGUCUAGAUUGGAAGAGAUCUUCACUCAAAAUCCAUCGCUGCAAACAACCGAAGUUAUGAGAAAAUUAUUGGAAGUUUACAAAGAUUGUCGGUAUAUGGACAAACUUAUGAGUACCUCUUUCUUCCACGAGAGUCACUUCCAAGGACUUUUGGAAAGAGUUAGAGAACGUGGUCGAGCAAAUGUAGCGCAACGUAUGGCAGAUCAAGUGACGAGAUUAUUUACUCACAAAUCUGACGGAUUGGAAGAAAAUACAGAAAAGGAUAAUGUAGAAAAUUUCAAUAGUAUACAAUCCGGAAGUAAUCCUUCGGAGAAGAUCAUUGCCGUAACAGAACCAACCGAAGUAAAAAACAACGAGGAUAGCAACAAGCAACAGAAUGUAAGAAGCGAAGAAUCGGUCGAUCGAUUAUUUAUCAAUGUAAAUCCAAAUCCUGAAGAUUCUGGACUAUAUUCUGCAGACAAUUCAAAGAAAGAAUCAGGUUCGAGUGAGUCGAGUGGAGAAUUCCUAUUCAGUGAAGAUGCGAAUAAUGUGCCUGAUCGUUUAGUAGAAAGAGCAGAAACAAAUAAGGCUACCAAGACACAGAUGCACGUAACAAGUUCUAAUGUAGCCGGUUCUCAAGUUUGCGUCAAACUUUGCACAUUAAUAAAAGCCCAGCUUGUAUUAGCCCACGCAGAAGUCUCUAAACGAUUUGGAUUGUCGAAAAUGUCGUUGUCUGAUGCUGAGAAAGGUUCAUCUCCAUUAAGAAAACAGAAAAAAGAGGAGGAGAAGCACGUAGAGUUAUUACAAGAACCAUCGGAAUGCUCGAUAGAAAUUCCACCGCCAGUAUACGAAGAAGGAGAAGGGUUUUCCAUAGAGGAAACGGCACCAGAUAGUCACAAAUUUAAGUUAACAAUGUUCCAGCCUACGGACCCCACAAAUUUUUUCCGAACUGUUUCCAAGGAAUUAAAGCUCUUAAAGAGUUCACUUCCACCCGGUAUAUGGGUAAAAGGAUUUGAAGAUAGGAUAGAUUUAUAUUCCGUAAUGUUUCGUGGACCUGAGAAAACCCCAUAUGAAGACGGUCUUUUUCUUUUCGACUUUCAAUUAUCUGCUGAUUACCCUGUCGCUCCACCACUUUGUCACUACAUUUCUUAUUGUAACGAUAGAUUGAAUCCUAAUCUCUACGAAGAUGGAAAAGUAUGUGUGAGUUUACUUGGAACAUGGUCUGGACGCGGAACGGAAGUUUGGACGAGUUCUUCGACUCUGUUGCAAGUUAUAGUCUCAAUCCAAGGCCUUAUUCUUGUACCCGAACCAUAUUUUAAUGAAGCUGGAUUCGAAAAACAAAAGGGCUCUCAACAAGGAAGAGAAAAUUCAAGAAUGUACAAUGAAAUGGUUGUUCUAAAAUUAGUUCAAGCGCAAACUAAGCUGUUACAACAUCCACCGCCUGUUUUCAAAGAUAUUAUUAUUGGACACUUUAAGAGACACGUGAAGAAAUUGUUACAACGACUGGACCUAUGGAUGGAAAUUUCUGAACAGCAUAACAAUCAACAUCCAUUGUCUCCAGUGACACCUACUACUUUCAAGCAAAUAGCCGACGUUGAUGAAAAAAUUCUCCCGGAAUUUCCGCUGAUACCAGCAUCUAGGGGUUUCUGUAUAACGCUUCGUAAAACACUAGCCACGUUCAAAGAGGUACUGAUCAGGGAAAGCAUCAUUGGAGACAAUAGAGUACAGGACAGUGAAAACGUCAAAGAACAAACGAAUAGUACUAAUAACGAGUGUCACGAAUCAUGUAAAACCAUUGAUGGUAACGCAAUGAAUCGCGACAGCAAAAGAAAUAACUGUGAAGAAGAUAGCUCUAAAUUAACUCCAAAUGGUAAUCUGUCCAAGGACUGUGUUUCAUCUUCCUCGACGAAUAUUUCCGUCGCGCCACUAUGCGAAACGAAGAAAAAGACUUCGGAUCGUACCAUCAGCUAGCCACAAGAAACGCCGCUGUCAUUGCUCCGCAGCUAGAGAUACUUGUUACCGUAGAGUAACCACAUAGUACGAUAAUAAAUGUUAUCAUACAGGCACAUGCGAGAGCGCAUAAGAUCUUGCUCUUGUAUACGAUAUCGUGAACUUCCGGGGCGUAUUACACGAUUAAUUUAUAAUGUUAUAUGGAAUGUAUAGCGAAUGUGUUAUAUAUGAUGUAUAAUAUUAUAUUAUUAAUGGAUGUAGAAUUAAUAUUCGGCCAGGGGAUAAAAAUACAUGGGAUACUACAUGCAUUUAGUUCUAUAAUUCUGCAAUGAGAAUAGAGCGUUCCGCAAAGACGCAAUAACAACUCGACUGACUUACUAAAAAAGAACAAAAAAAAAGUAAUCUCGAAUAUUGGAAUAGACGAAACAACAUCGUCGUUCCGUUAAAAAAAAAAAGUGAUACAAAUUAAGAGAAAGGUAAAGUGACUGGUAGCAAUACGUCGAGUCAACGUGAGAAUACUUCGCAAUAGCGUUAAGAGACACGAUAAUAAUAGUUAUUAAUUCUAAACGCAUUUCAGUGAGUACACUUCGUGUAAUAACACCACCCACAUGAAAACAAAUUCAUUGUCCCUCGAUUACCUUAAAGCCAUUAUGCCAUCCACUAAAUACAGUAUUUCGAGCGAAAUUACAAAGUGACUUUGAUUGCAAAUAGUUUGUAGCUUAGAUACAAAGAUUCGUAUUUAGAUGAAACACUAUGACAAUUAAGUCCAAUGUUAUAGACACUUCUAACGUAGUUUGUAAAUUCUAGGGAAAUUAUAUUAGAUGCUCUAUUAUCCACACGAAAGUUUUCUUUGUCGAUGGUUUGUUUCGUACAUUUCUAGAAAAUUGUGUGUCUUCGCGGACUCCUAUUUAACUUUUCUUUUGAUAUGUCACGGAUAGUAUGAUAACAAACUGUACUUAGUAUUAGCACAACAGUUGCGGAGAGCGUUAGUACUUAUUGUACGACAUAAGCGUUUUACGAUAUUAUUUAUUCUUAUUUUUUUUUUAUUUUAUUUCCUUUAGCGUAACUUAGAUUGUAAUUGUUUACAUCCGGGAAAUUCAUGUUUCUGUAAAUUUCGAAUCGUAUGCAUAUAAGUGAAAUGUAGAACACUCGAUACAUGCGAAAUGGAUAUUAUGCAAAAAUAUAUUAUGAGAAGAUAUUGCAUGCAACGAAAUAACGAUGAUUGAUAAACGCGAUAAGAUUAAUGUGCUUUGUUUUUUUUCUUCUCUUUUUUUAUUUUGUUGUACGAUUAUAUAUUAUUUAUAUUUGAUAGAAUAUAUCGUUAGUGUAUUCUAUUUAUUUACCUCCUCGAAACCUAAGAAUGUAUGAUUUAAAAAACCAUUCGAUCACAUUGUCAGAAGAGUGUAAUUUACCAAGAAUAACGUGAAAUUUUUUUUUAAGAACGGUUUGUUUCCAUAUAUUUUUGUAUAUUUCCGAGGAUUAUUUAUAUGAUGCAUUUUAUUUUUUGUUUGUACGGCGAUACUGAUAUAUCUUAAUAAAUAAUGUGAAGGUUUUGUUGUCA